GCCGGCGGUGGGAGGACCCUUGCCUAGGCCGCCGCCUGCGCUGCUGCUGCACCAACACCACCACCAGGGCGGCCUUCUUCAGGCGAGCGCCUCAGCCGCGGCGGGGCGGGGCCUUGGGCCGGCAGCCCAACUCCUUCGCCGCUCUCGCUGAGGGGAAAACAAAACAAGGCGAGAGGCGGAGGAAGCUGCUCGGCUAGAGGUCGCCCGCGUGAGAGGCGGCAGCAGGCAGGUUGCCCGGCUUGCUGGCUGGCGUUCUCACCUGAGCAUCUCUCCAGCUCGGCGGGGCAUGAGAUUUUGUAUACCACCGUUUAUGAAAAAGCCAGGAAAACAAGCAACAAAAUAAAGCAACACAAAUAUAUGGUGCUGAUUCAUGAGACAGAAGGAGAGAGCACUGUGGCCAGCUACUGAUUUCUGGAAAGGCAGUUUUUAAAAAUGCUGGAAUUGUUGACGCUGUCGUACAAAGUUUGGAACUAGUGCGCAAGCCGUUGUACAAGCCGUUCAAUCAUUUGGGGUUGGCGUUGCAGUGGAUACAUGCGAAUAUCAUGAUGGAAGAGAGAGAGAAUUUUUCACCUCUGAAUUCACUGACUGAAUAUUACCCAAUUAAGGAAGCAGAUAAAAUAGAUCAAAGUGACAAUACUCAAAUAAAUGAAGGAAACCACGGAACAAUGCAGCUGAAAAAGGAAAUCUCUCUUCUUAAUGGGAUUAGCCUAAUAGUAGGAAACAUGAUUGGUUCAGGUAUCUUUGUUUCCCCCAAAGGAGUACUCAACUACAGUACAUCUUAUGGAUUGUCACUAGUAAUUUGGGCAAUUGGUGGGAUUUUUUCAGUGUUCGGAGCUCUAUGUUAUGCUGAACUUGGAACCACUAUCACUAAAUCAGGAGCUAGUUAUGCAUACAUAUUGGAGGCCUUUGGAAGCUUCAUUGCCUUUAUACGCCUGUGGACUUCACUAUUGAUCAUUGAGCCAACCAGCCAGGCAAUUAUUGCAAUAACAUUUGCCAACUAUAUCGUGCAGCCUGUCUUCCCUUCCUGUCAACCUCCUUACAUCGCUUGCCGAAUUAUUGCAGCGGCUUGUAUAUGUCUUCUAACGUUUAUAAAUUGUGCCUAUGUUAAAUGGGGAACAAGGGUGCAGGAUGCAUUCACCUAUGCCAAAGUCAUUGCCCUUAUUGUCAUCAUCAUAACAGGAAUUGUUAAACUAAGCCAGGGAUAUUCGGACCACUUUCAGGACUCAUUUGAGGGAUCAUCUUGGAAUCUUGGGGGUAUUUCUCUUGCACUUUACUCUGCCUUGUUCUCAUACUCAGGCUGGGACACCCUCAAUUUUGUAACUGAAGAAAUAAAACACCCAGAAAGGAACCUGCCUCUAGCUAUUGCUGUUUCUAUGCCAAUUGUGACAAUUAUCUACAUAUUGACCAAUAUAGCAUAUUAUACAGUGCUGGAUAUUAAUGCUGUGCUUUCUAGUGAUGCAGUGGCAGUGACAUUUGCUGAUCAAGUAUUUGGCAUGUUCAGUUGGACAAUCCCGAUUGCUGUUGCCUUGUCCUGCUUUGGUGGACUCAAUGCAUCUAUUUUGGCAUCAUCGAGGCUGUUCUUUGUUGGAUCCCGGGAGGGUCAUUUGCCUGACCUUUUGUCAAUGAUCCACAUAGGAAGAUUUACACCAGUCCCAGCACUUCUCUUCAAUUGUACCAUGACUCUCAUAUACUUGACUGUAGAAGAUGUAUUCCAGCUUAUUAACUACUUCAGCUUCAGCUAUUGGUUCUUUGUGGGACUAUCAAUUGCUGGGCAACUCUACCUCCGUUGGAAGCAACCAGAUCGGCACAGGCCACUCAAGUUGAGCCUGUUUUUCCCAAUAGUCUUCUGCAUAUGCUCAGUAUUUCUGGUGGUGGUGCCUCUCUAUAGUGACACCAUUAAUUCCCUGAUUGGCAUUGGCAUUGCACUCUCAGGGAUUCCAGUAUACUUCGUGGGAGUCUCCUUACCGGUUUCCAAAAGACCACCCUUUGUCAGCAAGAUUUUAGGUGCUGUCACUCGAGCCACUCAGCUACUUUGCUACUGUGUUCUGACAGAAAUGGAUACUUUAGAAGAAAAGCUAGAAACCAAAUCUAUAUAAAGAUGCAAAAGUGACUAAAAAGGUAAAACAAGAUGCUCAAGAAAUGAUGAACUGACAGAAAACUUCGCUGGAAUCUGGAAUUAUUACUAAACUUGGAUUCUUGCCAGAUCAUACUGUGUCAUGAUCUAGCGUUUGAUUUUUUUUUUUUAUAAACUGGUUGAAAAGCCAGUCUUCUCAGGCAUAGAACUUACUAUGAUUUUCAUCUACAGAUUCUAAACUUUUCUUUAAUAGUGAAAUUGAGUGUUGUAUUCUAGAGCUCAGAAAUAGGCAGCCCAGCAAGAGGCUUGAUACAAAUUCCAAAUGGCUGGAGUUUGAAAGGCACCAAUAAUUCUCCCGACUUAUCAACAAUCCAGCUGUUUUGUGUGAAGUAGUCCUUUGUAGAUUGACAUUAAUGACAAACUAUUGCAUAAGAGGAGUUGAAUUUGUCACUAAAGAUCCAGGGACUGGUUCCUUUACCUAUAGCACACUGGAUGGCAGUUAAUGCCCUGAAGCUGCUGUUCUCUCCUUCACAUGAAAGUUUAGCUUUUUUAUUAUUAAAUAAAGUAAAACUUUUAUGCUUUAGGAAAAGCUGGUAAGUUUUUGUUUUGGGCAAUUCAGAUUAGAACCCACACAAGGUAAUACAAGUUUGCUCCAUCAUCCAUGAAUAACAUGUAAUUGAAGAUGGCAAUCAUAUCUCCUCUUGAGUCUCUCCUUAUCCAGGCCAAACGUACCCAACUCCCCCAAUUGGCCUCAUAAGGCUUGGUUUCCAGACCCUUGGCCAUCUUGGUUGCCCUCCUGUGCACAUGUUCCAGCUUUUUCAAUAUCCUUCAGUCUGAUACUGUAAUUUGGUAAACUGAUUCUCAAAGAAGCUGGAUGAUCUAUGGUUAUUCUUGCCAUUCUUUCUAUGUAAGAAUAUUUCACUGAAUUUUGCUGUACAAAAAAACCCAAGGAGCUUUGUAAUAGAACUCACUGAAGGACAAAAUAGAGAAGCAAGCCUCUCAAUUAGUUUGAUCCCCCACCCUUUAUGGAAUUUAUGUUUUUAGACUUAAUGCUGUUCAAUAUUGAAUUUGUUUGCAUGAUUGGUUUACAUGCUUGGGGCGGUCAGUUCAGCUGGGAAUGCUUUGAGGCUGCAAUACCCACUUACCUGAAUGCAAGUCUAAGGAGGCUUACUUAGGAGUAGACACUCUGCUAUGAAGCUGAAAUUCUAUGCACACGUAUCUGGACGUAUGCUUCAUUUAACAUAGGACCGAUGAGUAAAUACUCAUAUCAUUGCACUGUUCAUCUUUUUUACCUGUUGGUGUUUUAAGCUGGAAAACAGGUUCAUUAAUGAUAUGACCUUUCCUUUUCUUUGGGAGUAAUCCAGCAGAUGGUAGCAUUUGGGACAACAGUCAUUACAAGCAGCAGCAGCUGCUGCUACCAACUCCUUGUCCUCUCAUGCUGCUUGGGGCCAGCUGCUCAGUUUGGACAUGGCAGGAACUGAAACAAGGAAGUCUUUCAGCAGCAGCAUGCUCACCAAACUGUGCACAGCAACUGCUGCAAUCACCUCUUCUCUCACCUUAUGAUGUCUGAGUCUGGUUGCUAAGUUUAGUGGUGGCAGAGACCACACUGAGCUCCCCACCCUCCAGUGGCAGCUACCUGGGCCGGUCUGCCCAGCAACAGUGGUGGCGGGUGUCACCUCUGUCCUUGUGACCCACAUGUUUAGUAGCAGCAGGAACCACAUCAAAACUUCUUACCAAUAGCUUCCCAGGACAGUGUGCCCAGUAAACAGCUUGUAGUGUAGUUGCAGGAGCAGCUGCUUUCUCUCUCAUUCCCAGUGUUAUCUUCUCAGUUUGUCAGUGGAGUGUGUGUGCCACUAGCAGUCUUAACUUCCAGCAAGAACUGAGACUGGCUGGCUGGGAUAAUUGCUGGAAGGCAUAUCACAUGUCAGGGGUUGGCUAUGGGAGAGUUGCAGAGGGGCUUCCAUGCAACCUUGCUAAUCUGUCCUGCUCCUGCAGGCAAGUGUCCUGCCUGCAAACUGCCACACUUACAUGGGUUUUCUAGUGUUAAAUAAUAUAAAUAUAUGUGAUUGCUGAGGCAAAAGACAAAGGAUUUUCUGGUUAUUUCUACAUGGCUAGUUGAACAAAACCCUAUCUGCAUUUGUUAAAUAAUAAAAAUCCCAGAACUUGACAUCAUUGUCUAAAUAUUAGUUUGAAUACUGUAGUGCACAGUCCUAUAAGAGGGCAACUAUAUAGCUGCAGCUUGAGGAAAAAUACUGAACUCUGUCAAUUCAGGUGUCUUAUUUGUGACUAAAGGACUUGAAACUGCAUUAAUAAGCAUGUGAUUGUGAAAAAAGUUGGGCUUUCCUGUACUGCGGAUUUUAAUGGUUUAGUGUCACAGCUGGAUUUAUAAUCUGGCCCAUUUAUUCAGAUAUUCCUUUGGUGUUUAUUUUUUUACCUGCAUAAAAUGUGAGACUUGCUUUGAGGUUCAUUUUUUUAGAUUUAACAGAAUGAUUCAAAAUGUACAGUCAACCCAAAAUUGAACAACCCAUCUAUCCUAAUGCUUCUUUAGUAGGUUUGAAUCUGGAAUAAAGCAUUUUACUUUUAUUUUCAAUAAACAGCUAUUUGAAAUUGUAUAAACAUAAUCCUUAAAAGCACACACUUUUAUUUUACUUCCACGUGUAAAUUUGGCAUUCCUUUGUAAAGUUUCCUCUAGAUUAUUACACUCCCAACAUACUGUUAAAAAGACUGCAAAGGAUAGCUCCUGAUCUGUCCAACUGAUUGUAAUGACAAUGGCUGCUUUUAUAUAAUGUCAAUGUGUGCUGGAACUUUGUGGGAGGAGGAUGAAACUUCCACUAUGUGGGAAUAAAAUGGUGAGACGCUGAUACACCUGCUCCAUUUUGUUUGUGAAGAAAACAUACACUUAAUUAACCAUACUACUUUGAAUGCAUACAUAUAAGAAAAGUGACAUGGGGCAGGAAGAAUGUCAGUACUGCUGCGGCAGUGUUGCAUAUGCCUUUGGUUAAGAAUUACAAGAAGGGCAGCAGCAGAACUUUGAAGCAUAACCUUGCUAUGCAUGCAGGGAUAUUUAGACUGUAUCUUGAGUGUCAUACAAUUCCCCCCCCCCCCACUUAAUGUGGAAAUGAAGCUGGGGAAGAGGAUGUUCCAUCAUUUUAAUCUCCAGCCACCUACCAACCAUCUGGAGGCAUAACCCUCACCCCCAUUCCAUAUUAUUUUAAAGACAUGCUGCUGUGGGCCUUUGCAGAGCGCUAAGACUAGCAUUUUUUGUGUAGGUUGGUUUUAUUUAUUAUUUAGUCUGGUAAAGCUGGUUUUGCUCCAUCCUUGUUUAUUUAUUUCUGGUUGAAAUGUUUUAGUGUUACUUUUGCUUUGUAAACCCCCCCCCCCCACAAUAUCCAAAGUUUCACUGAAGAAAAGUAGCACACAGAGAGCUCCAUGCUCAAGCCUUUCUGAAAAAAGGAACUCCAACAGAUUUUUUUUAAAAAAUGCUGCUUUGUACCUUUCCCACUACAUGAGAGCAAUUGAAACUGCAGUUAAUUAGGAGCCUGAUCCAGUUGGUUACAGAUACACAUGGAGAUGUGUAAACUUGGAUGAGUUCUGUUGUUCAUGUUUAUAUUGGUAUCACGGCAACAUACACAAUCCCAAUUUACUCUCAUAACAAGCCUAGAAGAUAGGCUUUAUACAAACGCUCAGCAACACAUUGCAAUGCACUGGUCCUCUUGUACUGGUAUCUGAGUGGUGAGAAACCAUGGCAAUCACUAAAUUUUCUGUUGCUUGCAGCAACAGGGGGAAAAAACCCCUCACUGGCUAGGAAUUAUUAGAAAAAGCACUGAAAGCACAGUAAUUCGGUAUUUUUUUAUCCAACCCAGCAAAGGAGGUAUGGGUGAAAACUCAAGAUCUCUAGGGCCCAUCUUCACCUGCAUCACAAUGAAAAUCUGGUAGGACUUGAAGCAAGACCAACAUUUAAAUCCCUGUUGAACAGCAGAUGCUCCUAGCAGUGGACCUGUCUUCCAGGGGACUGUAACCUCAUCCAGAAUAAGCCAUCUUCUCACCUCAAUAACUCAGAACAUAAUAACCCUUUUUCAGGAUUCAACUUCAGUUCAUUGUCCUGCAACCAGCCUACCACCACCUCUAAAGCCCUGGGUCAAGCAUCUGCCUCUUCUGAAUCAGAUGGAAGAGAGAUAGAGCUGGGUGUUACCCACAUAUUGGUUGACUCCAAAACUCUUGAUGACUUGUCAACAAUGUCAUGUUAGGUUCUGGAGGCAGACAGAAAUGGAUCCAAAUAAUCUGUUCUCACAAAACAUACCUGAAUAUGGACUGCCGCCACCCAUUCAAACACCUUGCUCUAAAAGGGGAUAUUUGCCAUUAGACAAUAAUUAUUAAAACACUUCUGGGGCCACAGUUAGACCCUACCGAAGGAAUGCAAUACUGUUUCCCUCAAGGUAGCUGGAACUCACCCCUACCCCAGUCAAACCCAAUGCAGCUCAUCUUGACCUUACUAGAAAGAAAAAUGAAACGAGUCAAGAAACUGUCGGUGUUGUCUAUAAACUUUAGGCAACUUACUGAACAGUACAGUAAUACAUUUCACUGGAUUACCAGCAAACUAUCUACUUAAAAAUACCUACUG